AUGGCGGAGGUGCGGCGUAUAACGACAGCGGCAGUUGAUUGGGCUUCUUUUGAUGCCGGUAAGGUACUGACGGUAUCUACAGGGAGACGGGGGUACAAAAGCGUUGGUAACUCAAGUGGCAGUUGCGUAUCCGAGGCUCGAGUUUUUUCUGAUACCGGAGUUCUGCUUGCUCAGGCAAAACUGCCGGACGUCCCCGAUGGGGGUAUCGACGCCGCCACGAAUUCGAGUGAUGUCUUGGUUUGCUGCGCUACUCACGAGCCGGAUAAGGGGCAGAGGACAACCGUCACGUUUGUAUCUGGUCCACAGGUGAAGGUGCAUGAAUUACCUCGCAUGAAGAGGAAGCCGAAGGUGAGACGGCACAGUGUUGUGUGCAUCCGGAACGGAUUUUGUGAUGUGGCCCUUUACAUUCUUGGCACCGGCGAGUUGUUCAGCUGUACGCGUGGCCAGGGAGGGUGCCACGUGCGGAUUCUAUACGAUUUUGGUAACACGUGUCCAGUGCGAAUCCUUAGUGGGCGUACAACGGCGGAACUGAUUGUCCUUUUGGAUGACGGCUGUGUUGCUGUUGCUGAACUGUAUGAGUCCAGUGACCGUUCUAUUCUGUGCCGCAUUACUCACUUGCUACGAGUGUCGUCCUCUGCAACCCCGACUCACGCUGCCUUCGCCGGAGGGUCCGCCUUGUGGGUGAUGUGCGAUGAUUACUCGCUGUGUGCCUACUGGUUUCCCCCUAACGUGCGCGGUGGGGCAAUGAUGGCGGUAGAUGAGGAGGUGGCUGACUGUUCUGUAACGCCUGUGCGGCUGCUUGACGAGCAACUGUCGGUACCCGCUGGAUCAGAGGACGUGGGAAGAAUUUUCCUUGCUGGCGAAAGCCGUGCGUACGGCAUUCACCUUGCUGUGCAAACGCCAGUAUCAGUGAACUUUAGUUCGUUGCCACUACACAGCUCAGGCGGUCCGGGCACACUGCCUACAGUUGGUGGGUGGUCCCAUAGCGUUUUCGUGUGGAGUGGUCACAUACAUGAUUUAGCCUUCAGGCAGCGAGCCUAUGAGUUGCUCGUGCAGAACGAGCUGGGAAGCUCUUCGCUGAACAUAAUAUCCCUGCGACAGAAUGCCAGUGUGCUUAUCUUCGGGGACUUGAAUAACAAGCAACUUUGCCAUCAGGUGGUUUGCGCUGCGCCUACUCAACUUGCUGGAUUGCGGGAAGAGUGUGAGUCGCUAGUUCGGGAGUUGGAGACCGAGGCUGCUGUAGUACGCGAUCAACAUUCCGUGGAGAGCGCUAUUAGGAAGCUACUGGACCUACAACACUGUAUGGUUGCCACACUGCACCGCGAACGGGAGCUGAACAGGGACUUGAUGUCGUACCAGAGUAUUUCCAUGCACCUGAUUCGGAGGCUUCACAUUGUGUAUAUUCGACUCUCUGUGUAUCAGUUUCUUCACACUGUUGGAGCUCAGGAGUGCCUUGAUGUACCUCUUCGCGAGGUGCUAGGCUUGGACAGUAUACGUCAACAAGUGUGUACGUUACAAACUGAGUUGCGCAAACAAUUUCAGCAGGAAUUUGACUUACUUGAGCCCGCUUCUUCGAUGGAAGCGUUGAAAUUAUGGGGUUCUGAAGGUUCGGCACCGUCCAUGUGCAUCGACGCCAUUCUUUCACACGUAAACUGUACAGAUGGUGCUCCGUUGCGAAGUAUCGUCCAACAGGUGGCGUCGCUGAAACCAGAAAUAGCUCUUCUCGUGUUGUACUGCACCUUUACGGGACCACAUUGUUACCACGACUACGAAAAGAGGUCUGCACGAGUGCAAUUUCUCAGUACCUUUUGCCUUCCGGCUUCAGUGGAUUCAUGGGCCUACUUAGCCUACGCAGCGGAUCACUGCAUUUGCCCUACCUUGCCUGCACGCGAGAUCGGUUCCCCGCCGUUUCUCGACAUAAUUCCUGGCAUUCUUAGCGGCCUCACACACAGUGGAGCAUACGAAAGUGUGUUUCACCUAAUUGGCAGCACUUUGGCAAUCACCACUGUGGGGACACUGCCUUCGUCGGUUGCGGUGAAACUUCUUUACCUGGCCUACAAGCGCGGGAGCACUGCGGUACUGGAAACAUUGUUCCGUAGAUCUGACGGAACGCCAUGGCACUGCGUUGCAACGCGCGUGUUGGCGUGGGCGGCGCUGCAAACAGCUGAUAUUAAAAUAUUCAGCGGCCUCAUCAAGCCCCAGUCGCCGGAGGAAGAAAUUGUAGAAACCGUUCUCCGACGCUUCCCCGAUCCCGCCGCCGCAGAUGUGCUUCGCCUGGAUUUUUACAUUCUCAUGCAGCGAUAUGCGGAUGCUUUGCAGGUAUGUGAGCGUAUAACGGCCAACUGCUCAGUAGAUGCCCAGAAGCUACAGGUCGUCGCUUCGCAUCUACGUAGCCUGAUGCCAAAUGGUAAUGUUUCGUACUCACAUCGCCCCUCCAUGGAGGGGCGAUGUGACGAAAUGUUUUCAGCUGUUGGGGGACAGGCAGGUUCUGUUGUACUGAGUACAAAAGCUGCUUUCGCCCCGCCCCACACAGCUACAUUGAGCAUCUGUCCUCUUCAAAACGAGGAGCAGCAGUUAGAAGAGGAUGUCGCCCGUGCCGCUUCGCGAAUCUCUGCAUUACGACACGAGGGAAGGCCUCUUGAUAUCAUAGUCUUCGGCAACUCGCAGAGCCGAAGCAGCGCCAAUGCUGUCCCAGCGUCUUCCGUGUCAGUUGCGGAGACUCAAGAGACGAACGUGGUUUCACAUGGGCAGGAGCGAGCACCCGAGUGUUUAAGCCCAGUUUCGGGCGCGCAUUUGGGGAAUGACAGCAUCAGCACGUUGGAUGGUUCGUUGCUCACACAGGCACCCGCUACCAGUGGUUCUGCGGCAGUGGCAGAAACCGUGACGUUUUCCGUCGGUUCAGCAACGCAGCGCGAGCAGCUGUACUGUGAGGCAAUUUUGAAACGUAGCAAGAAGCCGUGCGGGCGUGUGAGACCAUGUGAGUAUCAUGACAGGGUGAGGAAAUGA